CGUGCACCAGGAGAGUGUGGAGAUGUCCGUAUCCAAAGCGAGAUGUUUCAGCGCCCUGCUUCUUCUGUUGAGCCAAAUGGUUACUGCAGCAGAACCUUUUGUCCGAGGCUCCAAACGACUCCCAGAGGACAUCGACUGGUCCUACUCAGGCACGCUCAACCAGGGCCGGUGGGGCCAGCGGUUCCCGUCCUGCCUCAGUGCCAGGCAGUCCCCGGUGGACAUCGACGAGACCUUCACCCAGGUGCGGCGGCAGUACCAGGGCCUGCAGCUGGAGGGAUGGAGGCACCCCACCAGCGACUCCACCACCGCUCACAACGACGGGAAGACCGUGACGCUGGGCGUGGACGGGGACUUCCACGUGAGUGGAGGGGGUCUGACGGGCCGGUUCCGUGUCGGUUCCAUCUCCUUCCACUGGGGGCGCUGUAACGCCAGCUCGGAGGGCUCCGAACACAGCCUGAACGGAAUGAAGUACCCCCUGGAGAUGCAGAUCUACUGCUACGACCCGGAGCAGUACGAGGGUCUGGACCACGCAGUGAGGGAGGGGGGGGGGGUGGCCGCCCUGGCCGUCCUCUUCGAGACCACCCUGGAAGACAACGAGAGCCUUCGUCCAGUCAUAGACGCCGUCAACGCCGUCAGCCGGUUUGGUAAGAGGGCUACAGUGGACCCCUUCACCCUGAGAGACCUUCUCCCCACCAACACGGACAAGUACUACAUCUACAACGGCUCGCUCACCUGGCCGCCCUGCUCGGAGACCGUGGAGUGGAUUGUGUUCAAACACCCCGCCUCCAUCUCUGAGACGCAGCUGGAGGUGUUCUGCGAGGUGAUGACCAUGGAGCAGGCGGGCUACGUCAUGCUGACCGACUACCUCCAGAACAACUUCCGGGUGCAGCAGCAGCAGUUCAUGGGCCAGGUGUUCUCGUCCUACACCGGGGUGGAGGAGGUCCAGACGCCCAUGUGUAGCUCAGAGCCGGUCAACGUGCAGGCGGACCCCCAGAACGACACCACCAUCGUGGUGACGUGGGAGCGCCCCCGGGCGGUGUACGACACCACCAUCGACUGGUACACCGUCAGCUAUCAGAGCCUGCAGGGGGGCCCCGCCGCACCCCACCUCCAGUACCGCACCGACGGGGACCAGGACGUGGCCGCCAUCAUCUCCAGCCUGCUGUCCAACAGCAGCUACGUGGUGCAGGUGGUGGCGGUCUGCACCAACCGGCUCACAGGACGGCCCAGCGACCAGAUCAUAGUGGACAUGCCUCUGGAGGACCCCGUGAUCGACUCUGGACCCGACAGCGGUUCGGAAGCAGACGACAACCUGCAGGUCCUGUCCCGGUCCAAGUGGCAGACUAAGGCGGCGGAGCAGCCGAACAACGUGGACCUGUCCCCGGAGGAGGCCGAGAGCCCGGGGGAGGAGGUUCCCCCGGAGCAGACGGUGGUCUACCAGAACCACCCCACGGACCAACAGGACCGGGACCGGGACGGGUCCCAGGACCGGGACCCGAGCCGGAACCUCCCCGUCCCGCUGAGCACCCCCUCGGACCCCGAGGUCCUGGCGGAGAGCGAGCCGGACCCUCCGAAAACCACGCGGACCAAACCGGAGCAGACGGGAUCCAAGCAGCAGGAUGUGGCCGGUUCGGACAGGGAGUGGACGGACGAGAACCCGAGGACCCCCGUGCAGCGGCCGUACACGAGGCCCGCCUCCUCCGGGAACGGUGCCAUCUGGGUCGGCAUGGUGACGGAGCAGCCCGGCUUCCUGUUUCCCGCCUCGAAGACCACCCCGCCGCCGGCCCGCCGGCGAAUCACAGAAGAGGCUUCUCUCUCCAUGGGGCCGGAUGAGAGUGCGGCCGAACCGGCCAUCAGGAAUGACCUCCCGACCCCUGAGCCUGACCCCUACACCCCGCCCCUGGAGGACUUCCAGGUCACAGACGUCUACUACGAGGACACUGACGACGACCUGCUCGCCGAGACCACCAGCAGCCUGCCAGCUGUGGUCACUACCGGUCAGCCAGAGGCCAGCAGUAACAGCAGCCAUGAGUCCCGGGUGGGGGGGGUCCGGGUGCUGGAGCGGGAGCGGCGGACGGUCGUCCCCCUGGCGGUGGUCUCCUCCCUCACCAUCCUCUGUCUGCUGGUGCUGGUGGGCAUCCUCAUCUACUGGAGGAACUGCUUUCAGACGGCCAACUUCUACUCAGAGGACAACAUGCUGCCUAAAGCCACGUCCGUCCCAUCCACACCUGUGAUCCUGGCUACAGACGGCCACGAGCCAAUGACGGUGAAGCAGUUUGUGAAGCACGUGCUGGAGCUCCACGCCUCCAACACCUUCCCCCAGGAGUUUGAGAUUGUCACCCAGGCCUACGAGGAGGUGCAGGCGUGCACAGUGGAGAUGGGCAUUAGCACUGAGAGCUCCAACCAUCCAGACAACCGCAGCAAGAACCGUUACAUCAACAUACUGGCCUACGACCACAGCCGAGUGAAGCUGUGCAGCGGUCAGGACCGAGACGGCCGGGCCGGGGAUUACAUCAACGCCAACUUUAUCGACGGCUACGAGCGGAGCCGGGCCUACAUCGCCGCCCAGGGGCCGCUGAGAUCAGGCCGGGAGGACUUCUGGAGGAUGGUCCUGCAGCAGAACAUCGGCGUGGUCGUCAUGAUCACCAACCUCAAGGAGAAGGGCCGGACCAAGUGUGAGCAGUACUGGCCGGAGGAGAACCAGGAGGAGUACGGGCCCUACCAGGUGACCCUGAGGAGCACCCAGACCCUGGCCUACUACACCGUGAGGACCCUGGGGGUCAGGGACACCGGCGCUAAGGUGUGUCAGAAGGGCGUGUCCGAGCACACGGUGGUCCAGUUCCACUACACCCAGUGGCCGGACAUGGGGGUCCCGGAGUACAACCUGCCCGUCCUGUCCUUCAUCAGGGCCUCCGCCGGGGCCCGCACCAAGGACAUGGGGCCCCUCCUGGUGCACUGCAGUGCUGGUGUGGGCCGGACCGGGGCCUACAUCGUGAUUGACAGCAUGCUGCAACAGAUCCAGGACCAGGGGACGGUCAACGUGCUGGGCUUCCUGAAGCACGUCAGGACCCAGCGCAACUUCCUGGUGCAGACCCAGGAGCAGUAUGUGUUUAUCCACGAUGCUCUGGUCGAGGCCAUCCUGAGCAGAGAGACACUGGUGACCUCUGACCUCCUGCACGCCUACGUGUCGCGGCUUCUGAUCCCGGGGCCCGCGGGCCGCACGCGCAUGGACAAGCAGUUCAAGCUGAUCAGCCAACGCCAGGCCCGACACGCGGACUACAGCACGGCCCUGAAGGACGAGAACGCAGACAAGAACAGAGCGAGGGCCCUGAUGCCUGUGGAGCGCUCCAGAGUGUGUCUGACGGCGUCCGAGUCCAACGCCACGGGCUACAUCAACGCCUCCUACGUCAUGGGCCGGUAUCACAGUAAGGAGUUCAUCGUGGGCCAGGACCCUCUGAGCAGCACCGUGGCCGACUUCUGGACCAUGAUCUGGGAGCACAGCGCGCACACGGUGGUCUCCCUACCGGACCCCCAUUCAGUGGUAUCUGUACCGGACCCCUACACCCAGGGGGAUGGGGAGGUAACCUGUGUCUAUUGGCCAAUUAAGGACCAGCCAAUGAGCUUUGAGGGCCUCAUUGUGUCGUUCUCGCGGGAGGAGCAUUUAUCUCUGACCAACGACGAGAAGAUUCUCGUCCAGGACUUUAUACUGGAGUCCUCACAGAGCGACGGCGUGCUGGAGGUGAGGCGCUACAGCGCCACCUGCUGGCCCAAUCCCGACGGACCAAUCAGGAGCAGCUUUGAGCUGGUGGCCGCCGUCCGGGAGCACAGCGCCAACACGGCCGGGCCCACCGUGGUGCACGACCCGCUGGGGGGCCCCACCUCGGGGCUGUUCUGCGCCCUGUCCUCUCUGUCCUCCCAGCUGGAGGAGGACGCCGCGGUGGACGUGUACACGGCCGCCCGCAUGACCAACCUGAGGAGGCCGGGGGUCUUCAACGACCUGGAGGGCUACCAGUUCCUGUACCGCUCCGUGCUGAGCCUGGUCAGCAGCCAGGAGGACCAGAAGACCCUCCGCUCCCCCGAGACCAACGGCUCCCUGCUGCUGGGGACCACCGCCAGCAUGGCCGAGAGCCUGGAGUCCCUGAUGUAGAGCCUGGAGUAGAGCCUGGAGUAGAGACUGGAGUCCCUGAUGUAGAGCCUGGGGUAGAGCCUGGAGUAGAGCCUGGAGUCCCUGAUGUAGAGCCUGGGGUAGAGCCUGGAGUAGAGCCUGGAGUCCCUGAUGUAGAGCCUGGAGUCCCUGAUGUAGAGCCUGGAGUAGAGCCUGGAGUCCCUGAUGUAGAGCCUGAAGUCCCUGAUGUAGAGCCUGGAGUCCCUGAUGUGGAGCCUGGAGUCCCUGAUGUAGAGCCUGGAGUCCACGAUGUAGAGCCUGGAGUAGAGCCUGGAGCUCCUGAUGUAGAGCCUGGAGUCCCUGAUGUAGAGCCUGGAGUCCCUGAUGUUGAGCCUGGAGUCCAUGAUGUAGAGCCUGGAGUAGAGCCUGAAGUCCCUGAUGUAGAGCCUGGAGUCCACGAUGUAGAGCCUGGAGUAGAGCCUGGAGCUCCUGAUGUAGAGCCUGGAGUCCCUGAUGUAGAGCCUGGAGUAGAGCCUGGAGCUCCUGAUGUAGAGCCUGGAGUCCCUGAUGUAGAGCCUGGAGUAGAGCCUGGAGCUCCUGAUAUAGAGCCUGGAGUCCCUGGUGUAGAGCCUGGAGUACCUGAUGCAGUUCCAGGCGGAGCUCCACUACUUAUAGAGGAGGAGCGCUGAUCAUCAAACAGGUUAAAGCUGCUGUAGGUAAGAGUGGACAGUUGGGAAGAGAGAGAGAACGGAAAAGAGCGGAAGAGUGAGGUUCUGAAAAUAGACGCCCUCUCUCUGCUCCCUCCCUAUAGAUUUACGCCAAUGAGGGAUGUUGUGUUUCACACACCUGUGAUUGACAGGCAAGAUGAACUCACCGCACCAAUCAAGGAAGAGAUGCCCUGAUUGGUCAGAAAUUAGGGGAAAUGGUCUAAAAUGUAGGUCUCGUUCAGAGGCCGACAAAGUCAACAAGUACCGAUAUUCUCACCAAGCCUUUCAGUCCCUAACAGCUGACGGUUGGCUAGGCCACUUUAAAAAAAAAAGUUCUGAUAAUAUCACCUCUUAAGUCUUACCUACAGCACCUUUCAUAAGUACGCUCACACGCACAAUCGCGGUACCUACGCAUGCUAUGUCUGGGGACGAUGCAUGUUUACAUAUAACAGAUACAAUUAAACUAGGAAUUAUUUGAUUAAACUAAGCAUUAGUUGAAUAACGUAUUCAACUUGGCAGCACAGUGAGCAUCCUAAGGGCAAUGAGCUGCUGGCUAGGAUGGGGAGGCUAAACCACGCAGCUAGGUUACAUUAGCCUUCAGAUUAACCAUCGCUAUCGUUGGUGGGAAUUAUUAUUCAUAUUAUUAGUAUUGUUAUGCUUUUGACUGUUAUGUUUGAGCAGUUUAGCUGCUCGGCCUACGCAUAAUAAUAUCAAUAAUACCAAUACAUAAUAAUAAUAGUUAUAAUAUUAAUGAUGAUGAUAAUAAUACUAGAUAGGGGACUAAACAAAGAAUAGUUUUAGCUUGAGUUACAAUUAUUGAAAUAAGUGAACCAAAGAAAAAAAAAGUAUUUUAAAGGGGUGUUACGGCAUCUAUGUGACCCUGCCGAGGUAGAACCCAGGGGGGUUCUGGGAAAGAGUCGGUUGCGUCAGACACAGCCCAUUGUCCACUGUGCCUUCCCCAUCUCACCUCCACACACCUCGAGUGGUUUGAAGUUCACGCAAGAAAAACUGCAACUAUAAGCCCACUAGAUUACAGAGCUGCGAUGUUUUGGCCGUCGACUGUUUCGCUGUUACUUUGUUAUCUCUGUGAUUUUUUUUUUUUUCUUCGAUGUUACGGCUAAUGCAUCUUAAAAAAAUAACCGUAAAGCUGAGCAAAAGCGUACAGAUACGAUUAAACGAGAAAUCACCUGCAAACUGUGAAUGCUCUCGAAGCGUGUAAUAUUCAAUUUAUUGUCGUACACGACCGGGAAAUAAAUGAGUCGCCAAAUGUUGUGGUCACUGAAUUUAUACUAAGCCAUCGUUGUAAAUAAGAUAAGUUACAUGGACAGCCAUAGAGACAGCAUUCCUCCCUGCGACCGGUUUAAUCUAGGACCCGAUUUCUCGGUCCGUCCGUUGUUGUUUUACUGUUUUCGUCUGUGAUUUUACAAACGAACUGUUUGUACGUUUUGUUGGAGAAAUCCUAUAGUUUUACGAGAAUGCUUUUGGGAAUGCUUUGUAUUUACUGAUCCUAUGUUUCUAUGUCUAUUAAGCGGUACAUUUUUGGUCAGAAAGCCUUUUUAACGAUUCAGUGUGUGAAAGGAAGGUCCGAUAUAACAUUUGUGUAAAUAACCCUGGAUCUAUGGGGAGGCCAAACUUCUGUUUAUAUACUACUAUAUUUCUAUUUUAAUACGAAGAUGAUUUUUUAGUCAUUUACAACGAUAUAUAUAUAACAGUGUUUUAUAAUUUUAGCCUAUCAAAUAUUGAUUAUAUGAUAUAAACAAUUGAAUUAUCCUUUUUUUUCUAUGUGUUUUGAACACAGGAGAACUUUAAUGUGUGUCUUUGUCAAACUAUGAAAAGGCACGGUAUGUUUAUAGUGACCAAUGGGAACAAUAUUUUAAGCAAUUGAAUAAAAAAAAAGUAAUACAAAAAAUAUGGAUCUUUUUUCU